UCCGAGGUGUAAGAUGACGGUCAUUGAGUAUUGUUUUCCCAAGAUGUAUUCCAAAGAAGAAGCUCGUGAAAAAAUCAAGAAAGUGAGGGAUGCAUUAUAUGAGCUGUAUGAUGAAUAUGUGGCAGACAUGUAUUCUGAUAUUUCUACACAAAGUGGGCAAAUCAUUGACAAUACCAAUCGCACAAGUGGAGUUCAAGAAGCUUCGGGUUGGUCCGAGUUCAUUCAACAUGUGAAAUAUGCUCAAACUAGUAAGCCACAACAGUCAGAGUUGAGCAACUACUUGGAAGAGGGAUGUCAUAUUUGUGAAGAUAUGUCAACUCCAUUUGAUGCUUUAGAAUGGUGGAUAACGAGUGCAUUGAAGUAUCGUAUAUUAUCUAAAAUGGCUCAUGAUAUACUAGCUAUUCCCGUAUCAACUGUGGCAUCAGAAGCUACUUUUAGCGCAGGGGGUCGAGUUAUUGAUACAUAUCGAGCCUCAUUGAAUGCCGAUACAGUGCAAACAUUAAUUUGUGGAGGAGAUUGGUGUCGUAGUCUUCAUGGUGUGAAGAGAAAGAACAAAAGUGAGAAGAAACCUUUGGAGAUUAUGCUACCCACUUCUUGAAAGUAAGAUAUAUGUUCGUUUUUAUGGAGAUUUCAAUAUCUCUUGUUGGUUUG